AUGGCGCAAACAGAUUACAAGUUUGAGGGCUGGAUGGGCCUGGAUGCCAGCUCUGCUGAGGGCAACAUGGUCUGGCAAGAGUUUGAGCCUAAGACAUGGGAGGAGACCGAUAUCGACAUCAAGAUCUCUCACUGUGGUAUCUGUGGUUCCGAUCUUCACACUAUGCGCAGUGGCUGGCGCCCAGCCUCAUACCCUUGCUGCGUCGGCCACGAGAUCGUCGGUACAGCCGUGCGCGUAGGAUCGAAAGUCACGGAUAUCAAGCUCGGAGACCGCGUCGGCGUCGGCGCCCAAAGCGAUUCUUGCCAGGGUCGUUUCGGAGACUGUGAAGAGUGCGCUAUGGGAUUAGAACAAUACUGCUCGAAGACUGUUGUCGGUACAUACAACGCCAAGUACUUCAAUGGCGACAAGUCUUAUGGUGGAUAUGCGCUGUACAACCGUGUGCCCGCACACUUCGCCGUCAAGAUUCCCGAGGGUAUUUCCUCUGCUGCGGCUGCUCCUAUGCUCUGUGGUGGUGUUACCCUUUACAGCCCUCUGAAGCACAAUGGCUGUGGACCUGGAAAGCGUGUUGGUAUCAUUGGUGUUGGUGGAUUGGGUCACUUUGGUGUCCUCUUUGCCAAGGCUAUGGGUGCUGAUCAGGUUGUUGCUAUCUCCCGUAAGAAGGAGAAGAGCGAGGAUGCCAUUAAGAUGGGUGCUGAUCUGUACAUUGCUACCGAUGAUGAGCCAGACUGGGCUACUAAGUAUUCCCGCUCUUUGGACUUGAUUGUUUGCACUGUUUCUUCUAUCAAGAUGCCUAUGGUUGAGUACUUGGGUCUUCUGCGUACCGCUGGUACUAUGGUUCAAGUUGGUCUUCCUGAAGAUGGAGGUCUUUUCGCUCCUGUGCGCAACCUGAUGCGCCGUAUCAACCUCACUAGCUCGCUGGUCGGUAGCCCUAACGAGAUCCGUGAGAUGUUUGAGUUGGUUGUGGAGAAGAAUAUCCAGCCGUGGAUCCAGGAGGUCCCCAUGAAGGACGCCAACAAGGCGAUUUUGGAUAUGGAGGAUGGCAAAGCGCGCUACCGCUACGUGCUUGUUAAUGAGUAA